UUGGCCUAGAUUAGAAAAGACUUGGAGGAGGAGGAUGCUGAUCCAUCUCAUACAGUUCUCUGGAUAUGAUAUUUGUUUAGCAAAAUUGUGUUGGAUAAAUCCUCCUUGAGACAGGCAUCUUCCUUUUCUGCAAACAAAAUAAUAAGACUCUCCCUUUCCACACUGAAGAAGGCACAGAUGAUUUAGGCCUUAUGUUGUCCUCUCUAAGCAGCUGCUGAAAACAGGUUCUAUAGUAACUGUAGAUAACAUCUUAGCAGAUUACUUAAGCAAGGAAAUGACAGAUUCGCAUGAAUGGGAGUAAUGUCAAACAGGAGAAGACACCUUGUCCUAGAUCUUCUAGCUUUAUAAUGGCAUUCUUCUACUCCCAGGAGCAGCUAAUAGCUUUUGACAAUGAAGUCAAUGCAUUUUUGGACAAUAUGUUUGGACCUCGAGAUGCUCGGGUCAGAGGAUGGCUCAUGUUGGACUCCUACCUUCCUACUUUUUUCCUUACUGUAAUAUAUUUACUUUCCAUAUGGUUGGGUAACAAGUAUAUGAAGAACAGGCCUGCACUUUCUCUCAGGGGUAUCCUCAUUUUCUAUAAUCUUGGAAUCACACUACUCUCUCUCUAUAUGCUUGUGGAGCUUGUUCUCGCCACUUGGGAAGGAGGCUACAACUUGCAGUGUCAGAAUCUCGUCAGUGCAGGAGAAGCAGAUAUCCGGGUAGCCAGAGUUCUGUGGUGGUACUACUUCUCCAAACUGAUAGAAUUCAUGGAUACAAUUUUCUUUGUUCUGAGGAAGAAAACCAGUCAGAUUACUUUUCUCCAUGUGUACCAUCAUACAUCAAUGUUUAACAUUUGGUGGUGUGUUCUGAACUGGAUACCAUGUGGACAAAGUUUUUUUGGACCAACACUGAACAGUUUUAUCCACAUUCUAAUGUAUUCCUACUAUGGACUCUCAGUAAUUCCGUCCAUGCACAAGUAUCUAUGGUGGAAGAAAUACCUCACACAGGCACAACUGAUCCAAUUUGUGCUAACUAUAUCACACACCCUGAGUGCAGUUGUGAUACCUUGUGGUUUUCCUUUUGGCUGUCUCAUCUUCCAGUCUUCCUACAUGCUCACAUUAGUCAUCUUAUUCUUAAAUUUUUAUGUUCAGACAUACCGGAAAAAGCCUCUGCGACAAGAUACAAAAGAGAACCCUACAGGAAAAGAAAUCACAAAUGGUUUUCCCAAAGUUCAUUUCAUUGCAACUAAUGGAAUUGGAAACAAGAAAGCACAGUGAUAAUAGGAAAGAGAACAGCACACAAUGGAGCCCAAGAAAGUCUUUUGUUUUAAAACAAAAACUGAGUUGAAACAGUUCUUUAAAUUUUAGUGCAAACUGACAUCUGUUGUUUAUAAAUCAUUUGUACCAAAAAUGUAUUAUUAAUUCAUUGCUAUUAGGUUUAACAUAUUUACUAGAUGCUUUGGUCAAAGGUUAACCACUGAGAUGAUGCUGGAAAUUUUAGAUCUCAACAUUAAUGUAAAAACCUCUCAAGUGCCCUCCCAUCCCCAUGUUUCUUUUUAUGAUGCCUUAUACACUGUUUCCCAAAUAAACCCAAAGAACAUUAAGCAUUUUCGUGGUAAGCCUUUAAGGAAAAAAGUUAGGAUUUUGUUCAGGUUAAAAUGUUUAGACUACAAUGUUUAUUAUCUUCUAGCUACAUAGAGUAGGCAGUAAAUCUAUGGAUAGAGUAGUCAAUCCAUUGGGCUCAAUUUGGCAUAAAUCUCUAGAAAUCAUUUAAAAGGGAAAAUGGAACAAGGAAAGAAAGGGAUCAAGCAGAAUGUCUUUCUUUCCAAAACCACAAUUUACUUUGUCUCACAUUCUCUGAUUACUUCGUCCAUAAAAAAAAACCUUAGUGAAUUGGUGAUAGAAUUUGCUUUUUUUAUUUUAAACUUUGAAAAUUAACUCUGCUAAGAGAGAAAACAUGCACUGCCAAAUCCUCAUAACCACAGAGACUUUGGCUAGUAAUCUGACUCUUCAGAAAUUCAUGGAAUCCUUGGUCCUUUUAAACUACCAUCUUUAUGUCUAUCCUCCUCAUUGGUUAGCCUUUGAAUUAGUUAAUCCAGAAAUCCUUUGGAUUAGUUAGAAUGCAGAGAGACAGCCUGCUGAGUAUGAAGAGUAUCCUGAAACAGGAUGCUCACAUUUCCCAUCUCUAUGCAAUGACUACAGUUCAACCUUCUCUUCUGUUGGGUUGUAUGCAAUACUGACACUUAUUUUGACAUCAGAAUUAAUUGAGCAAUGGAGAUAAGAUAAAAAUGGAAUUUUUAUGGUGCUUAUUUUGGACUUAGAGAUAUGGCAAUAAUUGCCUUAUUCAACCCUUUGAAACUAUUUACAUUCUCCAGCUUUGGAAGGAGGAAGUGGGCCAAAAGAUGUAUUUAAAAAAGAAUUCCCAUAGAAAAUAGUGAGAUAGUAAUGAGACACUGGCAAAGGCCAGGUUAGCAAGUGAAAGCUGGCAUUGCUAUAUUUAAUGGGGGCCAACCUUAAAAGCAUAGGAAAGCCCUGGUGAGAACUCCUCUUUCCCCAAGGGAAUAUUGAGAUUUAAUUUAAUACUGUGAUACUUUCCUUAGAUUAAAAAUAAGAGAAUGUUGUCUGAAUAUUUGAUAAAGAAUAAUUUCUAGCCUGCAGAAUUAGAAUGGGCAGCUUUAGAACAUCUUUUCACCCACACUUGGGCUUACUGCAGAUGUUCCUCAUUUUUAAGUCUUUUAAAAAUGCUUUUUAAUUUAUUCUCUUGGCAUCAGUUGCCACAGAAAAGCAUUUUCAAUUGGUAACUUUCCACCUGCUGCUUGUUACCUUUUCAAGUCACUCUUAAUAGCUUUUAAAUUAUUUUCUUAUAAAAACUUAUGCUUACCCCUACUUUCUCAUUCAUUUACAUUAUUCACUUAGGAGGUUGUGCCCAUCUUCUGAGAGGUCCUCUGAAUACAGCAUUUAGUCUCAAUAAAUUUUUAGUAUGACUAUCUGGUUUUUCCUUUUCUUACCACAGUUUAAUAUUAAUUACCUUUUUAACUUUGAUCCAUUUCUAUUGAGCACAACAGAGCAGAUUUCAGUCCCAUCUUGGCGCCUUUUCAAUGAUUUUUUUCUUUAUUUCUGGCAUAUUGCAAUUAAGUCCAGCCUCCUCUAGGCCUCCAAAAUAGUUAACCACUUAUUCCACCUUGCAUUAGCUUAUGUUCCGCCCCUCCCCACCCCCCCACUGGAGCAGUUACUACCUUCUAAUAGUCCUUCAGUGAGGUCAUACCUUCAAGCCAGCAUAGCAUUUGCACAAUGCCUUUUAAACCUAGAGCUAGAGCUGAUAGCAAUUGUCAUAGCUUCUCUUUGGCUAAGAAUAAAACAGGAUGAGAAGGAUGCUCUUUUGAGAAAUCUGUUUCUUCUUCAGGACUAGGUCUUAGACAAAGCUGAAUCUUGUUACGUAUAAUCAAGGUAAAAAUGAACUUUUUGCAAAUAGCCAUCAAAGAGGCCCAUUUACCAGCUUGUUCCUUCUAGUCAGUUUACUUACUUAUUAGUGAGGAACUUAAAAGUCCCCACUUAAGCGUCUGGGGCUAAAUGAGUAUUGCACUAGUCAGUCAUCUUUUCAUGCUGCUUAAUACUAAAAAAGCAAAGAGGGAAGGUCCUCUUUCAGUGGAAUCAUAGUCAAACAGUUGUGAGCAUAGGAUAGCUCAGGGCUGUUGGAGGCAAAGAGGGAAAUAUGACAUUUUGGGAUAAUCUCCAUAGACAAGCAUGCACGUAAGCUGGCACCUUGAAUACACAAGCAAUUAAUGGUUCAAGGUUAACUCAGAGCUUUGUCCAAAUCUAAACUGGUCUUUAGUUUCACUAAGGCCUAAUUUUAAAAUAUACACACAUUAUAUAUAGCUAUAAUAUACAUAUAAAAUCAUAAAAUCAUUCAAGGGCUUGGAAAAAGCACACACUCAUAGCUUUGAAAUCUUAGCUGUGAGAACUGAAUCAGGUGUGUUCCAAAUACUUCUGUCUUAAAACACCUUUGAAAUAUUGCAACUUUGAAAAAAAUAGAAACAUGCUGAAUUUUUUAUAAAAACAUUGUAAAUAAAACUUUUACAUGUCUGUCUAAUCCUAUGUUGUUUAGGAAAUAAGUGCGAGCAGAGCUUUUUGGGUGGGGAAGAAAUGCUCUUUUCCCAUAACAGUAAAAGAAAAUUAGAUUUUAGUGAAUACAUUUAUCUGUUGAUAGUUUCCCCAUGAAAAAAUUAAAAUGAAAUGUGUCUAAACAGAAUGGAACGUGAAAUUUUUCAACUUACUUUUAAAAUACAGUGCUAUCAUUCAUGUAGUAUGUAUUGAAGGAUAAAAUUAUUUUCACCUGAGUACUACUUGUGUUUGUUUUUGAGGGAAAAUGUCAUUUGCUGGUAGGUUGGAGGAAAACAAGUGGGUAAAAAGCCAGUCUGAAUUCUUUCCAAAGAGUCAAAGACACUUUCCUUGUUUUGUGAAUGUUUCUGGGUAUUUUUCUGUUUGAAACCUGGAAUAGAACAUCAAUUUCUUGUAUUCAUAUAGAAAGGACUUAAAUCUCAAGAAUACAGCAUCAUGAUAAGGGUGGGCAGAGAGGCAGGAGAAGCUAUUUUUUCUUCAUAUAUUAAAAGCAUUCAGUAUGAUUGUUGUAUAUUAAAUUUAUUUUUACCUUAA